AUGAAAUAUCUAAUAUUUUAUGGUUCGUUUGUUAUACUUGCUUUUUAUGCUGUAUCAGUUUUGUCAAUCAAAUGUUAUGUGUGUAAAGAACCCGAUAGAAAAUGUCGUGAUCCGUUUCAAAAUGAUACUAUUUUCCUGAAAGAUUGUUCCACAAUCGGCAUGGGUAAUGCUACAAUGUGUCGUAAGUAUAUGUGGGAAAUUGGUGAUGGUACACGAUAUUAUAUGCGUGGGUGUGCUGUACAUGGUCGUGUUAGUCGAAAGCAGGGUCGCGAUUGUAUUGAACGACUUGGUACAUGGAAAACAAAAAUGUGGUAUUGUCAAUGUGAUAAUAAAGAUGGAUGUAAUGGAAGUACAAAUAUAAGAGUUUCGUCUCUAACAAUUCUGUUUGGUAUUAUAAUCUUUUUCUAUUCGCAAUCAAUACAAACUAUUCAAUAG